UAUGUGCUUAUAUAAAUACCCACUUAUACUAACUCAGACAAGAACAUCACAAAGAGUAAUCCAUACACAUACAUAAAAAUAUCUCUAAGAACUCAAACAAUUAAAUCCAAAACCAUCAAUCAAUCAAAGCCAAGUUACAAAAAAAAACCAUCACUCAAUCGAUCGAUGGAUAUGGAGACGAAGAAACCAUACAUGGUGGUGACUAUGAUACAACUCAUAUAUGCAAUCAUGUUUUUGAUCUCUAAAGCUGUCUUCAAUGGUGGAAUGAACACUUUCGUCUUCGUUUUCUAUCGUCAAGCGUUCGCUACCAUCUUCUUGGCUCCUCUCGCUUUCUUCUUCGAACGGAAAAGUGCUCCGCCUCUUUCAUUUGUUACCUUCAUCAAAAUCUUCACGCUCUCCUUAUUUGGUGUGACAUUCAGCUUGGACUUGAACGGAAUCGCAUUAUCAUACACGUCUGCAACUUUGGCCGCUUCCACAACAGCUUCCCUUCCGGCCAUUACAUUCUUCUUGGCUCUGUUUCUUGGAACGGAGACGCUUAAGAUUAAGACCAUACAAGGAACAGCGAAGCUUGCGGGGAUAACUGUGUGCAUGGCCGGGGUCGCUACCUUAGCCCUUUACAAAGGUCCGCCACUGAAAUUACCUAUAUGCCCUCACCUGUAUCAGCACCGGAAUAUUCUUGGCCAUAUCUCCGGUGGUUCCACCUCUUGGCUCAAAGGAUGUGUUCUCAUGAUCACCUCCAACAUUUUAUGGGGUCUCUGGCUCGUUUUGCAGGGACGUGUGUUGAAAGCUUACCCUUCGAAGCUAUACUUCACAACUCUUCAUUGUCUACUGAGUUCGAUCCAAUCCUUUGUUAUCGCUAUUGCAUUCGAGAGAGAUAUCUCAGCAUGGAAGCUUGGUUGGAACCUCCGACUUGUUUCAGUCAUUUACUGUGGAUUCUUUGUAACAGGAGUAGCAUAUUAUUUGCAGUCAUGGGUUAUAGAGAAAAGGGGACCUGUUUUCUUAUCAAUGUUCACUCCUUUGUCUUUACUCUUCACUCUACUCUCAUCAGGAAUUCUACUUUGCCAGAUCAUUAGGCUUGGAAGUAUUCUAGGUGGACUAUUACUGAUUAUAGGACUCUACUGUGUGCUGUGGGGGAAAAGUAGGGAGCUGAAGAACAUUGGUGAUGAGAAGACUGAUCCACAUAAAGAAAACAAUGACGUUUGCAAUGAAGUGAAGGUUGUCAUUAGCUGAAUGAAUGUCUUAUUAGUUUGUAUUAUACACUAUGAUUAUUAUAUGUGUUACUCACUUACUCAUCGUUCACCUAACAGAGUCCAGAUAAGUUUGCUUUAA